CCGGCGGAGAGUGCUGCUGGCCCUUUAAGACUCUCACUGUUGCCGUGGUAACAGUCCGGAGGGAACGCAGAGAAUCUUUAGCAUGCUAACAUCUGCGACUUUACACUUUUCUGUCUCAUUCUUCCCUCUGUCCUGGACUUUUACUGACUGUGCCUCCUCCCUGACAAAGAAAGAAGAUGAGUGGGAGCACUGAAGACAUCAAGGCUGUGACCUGUACAAUCAAACCUCCAGUCUACCUGCAGAUUGGAGACACGAAAACAGACGCGGCUCACUCUGGUAUUUGUGUUGUCGAUGUCACCCUCCCCUUUGGAAAACCUGCCAAUAUCGAGGAAAUCACCUUUAAGAACUACUACACAGCUUAUGUGACUGUGCGUCUGUUGAGGAGGGGCCCCGGGCAGGAGGCCCCUGCUAAGUGGUGCACUGCUCUCAGAGACCUGCCCCUGAUGGACAACCCCCACACUGAGGGGGGCUCCCAAGACUACUACUCCAUUCACAGGACACAGAUGCAGGUGGAGCCAGAUCAUGUGGUGUCUGUGCGACUGAUCCUGAGACAGCCGUCCUCUGCCUGGCUCACCUUCAGCCUCGAAGAGAUCAAAAUGUACCCUCAUACAGAGCCGGACUCAGAGAAGGAGGUUUCUGAUUGGCUGUCAGACCUUACCCUGGUUGACCAACACCCUGACCUGGAGGGUCUCCCAGACCCACAGACUGUUUCAUCCAGUAUCCAGCAGAUGUGGGCUCUGACUGAGGUGAUGCAGACCAACCAGACUACAGCCUCCAUUGGACGAUUUGAUGUGGACGGAUGCUACGAUAUCAACCUGCUCUCUCUGACGUAACGUGGCCAUUGACAUGAAGAUCACUUUACUUAAAGUUCAGUUAAUGGAAGAAACAACGAUGACGAGUUAUAAAAUACAACAGAAGAACAAAGAACAGGUUUUCUGUUUGUGUUGCUGGAAUGGCUGAGCAUGAUGUGACAGUGAAGCUGCUGCUUUUUAUUACUUCACCACUAAUGAGGGAAGAAUCAUGAUUUCAUUUAUUGUGACGUGCUUUUUGAACCUCCUGGUCGUAACACUGUUCAAUCAAGGGGCACAUGGUGUAAGCAAUUAUUCCUUUCUAUUAUUUCCAAGUGUCAAUGAAAGUACAGUAUUUAACCACACAUUUUUACUGAUGCAGUUAUUUACUGAACUGAAAAGUAACCUUACUCAGCAGGACUGCUCAUACCCUGCAGUGUGGCACUCUAACACUGUAAAUACGACUGACAGCACUGGACUAAUUAUCCCUGUAACUGGGUGACUUGUGUUGAGGUCCAACAGGCUGCAGGAGGAUUUAAUGAGUCCAGUCAUUGUGGAGAAAUAGUCUGCACCAUCAAGACUUUGAAUGUUUAAUGAUACAGGUAACAAGGGAAAAAGUGCUGUAUAUAGUUUUUAUAAUACAGUGAAACACUGGGUGGCAGCAGUGCAUUAUUUAACAGGUGUGUAUCUAUGCACUGUUGUAUCUUUGUGAGGACCAGUUUGGGUUAAAGUCCUUGAGAGGACACAUCUGUAAAGUGAGGACGUCCUGACCCGUCCCCAGCUCUUCACAGGACUGAUGAUGUUAAAUGUUUGAUUUCUGGAUCGAGGUUUGGUUUGAGGUUAAGAUCAAGGUUAAGUCAUGUAGCUGUGAUAGUUAAGAUACAGGUUAACAGAACUGAGUAGACAGAUGUGUACUUUCUGAAAAGGUUUUACAAGCCUGUAUGUUGUGUUGUUUGCACAUCCUGUUGCUACAUGUCAAUAAAAAGCUAAUAUUCUUGUC